AUGGAAUUGUCGGCGGCCGACCGGGCGCUACUGCGCGCCCUCUGGAAGAAGUUGGGCAGCAACGUCGGCGUCUACGCGACCGAGGCUCUGGAGAGGAUGUUCCUGUCCUUUCCCUUCACCAAGACCUACUUCCCCCUCCUGGACCUGAGCCCUGGCUCUGCCCAGGUCAAAGCUCACGGCCAGAAGGUGGCCGAUGCGCUGACUCUCGCAGUUGACCACCUUGACGACUUGUCCAACGCCUUCUCGGCUCUGAGCGACUUGCACACGUGUAAGCUGAGAGUGGACCCGGCCAACUUCAAGCUCCUGGGCCACUGUCUGUUGGUGACCCUCGCCCGGCACUACCCCGGAGACUUCAGCCCCGCCCUGCAGGCAUCGCUGGACAAGUUUCUGAGCCAUGUGAUCUGGGCACUGACCUCCAAGUAUCGCUAAACUAGGG